CUAGAGAAUCUUAUAUCUGGCCAAAUCUUGUUUUUGAGGCAGGAAUGACACUGUAGUCUCGCGAUGUGACUGGCCACGCAUUUUGUUCUGAAUCCCUCUGAACAGCAGCUGGUGAGGACUGAGGAACCACAGGGAUACGCUGCGGCUAUAGACAUUAGCCAGUAAGCAAAGCUAGCUACAAUAAUGGCGUUCACAUUCGCGGCCUUUUGUUAUAUGCUUGCGCUUCUGCUGACUGCAGCCCUAAUUUUCUUCGCCAUUUGGCACAUUAUUGCAUUCGAUGAAUUGAAGACUGACUACAAGAAUCCCAUUGAUCAAUGUAACACACUUAAUCCGCUUGUGCUCCCGGAGUAUCUCAUUCAUGUGUUCUUCUGCGUGAUGUUCCUGUGUGCUGCGGAGUGGCUCACCCUGGGCCUCAACAUGCCCCUGCUGGCCUACCAUGUCUGGAGGUAUACGAGCCGUCCAGUGAUGAGUGGCCCAGGGCUGUAUGACCCUACAACCAUCAUGAACGCUGACAUCCUGGCCUACUGUCAAAAAGAGGGCUGGUGCAAACUGGCUUUCUACCUGCUCUCCUUCUUCUACUAUCUCUAUGGGAUGAUCUAUGUUUUGGUGAGCUCUUAAAACGGAGAGAAUCCUGUGAGUCAGCAUGUGGAAGUGGAUCCACUGUGCUUGGAGUGUCUGGAGCAGAACUGGCCUGCUGGAGCCUGUCAGCAUCAUGAGGACGAACUCUCUCAACCCCCCACACCGUGCAGAGCGCCAUUUUGGAAACAUCUGUCCCUUUUAAAAAUAUAUCUUGGACGCAGCCGUGUUGUUCUGAAGUUGAAAGUCAUAUAAGAGGAAUAACAACCUGGACUCUUUUUUAUUUUCAUUCUUGCUGUGAUGAUUUAAUGCUUUAAAUUGAAAUAAAGUUUUUUUUUCUUUUUAUACCCCAUCCAUUUUUGAUUGUUUACAGAAUAGUAGGCAUUCUUAUACAGGGAACUUUAUCAGUCAAAUCCACAGCUGUUUGCUUGACUAACUAUUGAUGGUAUUGAUCUGCUUUUGAUGUGAAAUGGAUGCCCAGCUUUUAAGAAAAAGUUUUGUCUUUUAUCAACAUGACGAAGUAGAUAAUUGUAGAAAGUUGAAUAUAGAUUUUGUUGCCACAACACAGGUAUGAAACUCUGAUCAUAGAUUGGUUUAAGAAGUAAUUACAUAAGAAAAUGUAUCACUAUGGAAAAUGUCUGCAAGAAGGACAAUCAAUACAGUUGUCACAAGAUACAUUUUCAAACAGUUUGAUAUAAAUCUCCAUUCUUUCUAAAGACAUGUCAUCGCCAACUCUUGUUUCAAUAAUAAAUGUUGUCGACCCAUCAAAAAUAAAUCCCAAAUUGUAUGAAUGAAUGGUCCAAAAUGUAUGAGGUCAAACUCCCCUCCAGUUGUUUUUAUCACUUUUUAGACAUUAUCUUGUCCAUGUCAUAGACGUUCUUGUCCACCAAAUAUCCGAUCAUUAGACUACUAAAAUCGUAAUGUAUAUUUUCAGUAGAUUUUGUGACAUGUUUUUCAAGGAUGUUCUACACUCCAUUUUCAUGAUAUUACUAAAAUGAUCAUAUUGCAGGAAUAGUGAGUUUUU